GCGCCUUACAGAAGAUACAACGACGGAUCAGACUCGAGACUCGGAGACGAAGUGAGUAAGAUACAAUCCAAAACCCUAAUUUCAUCCUUCUGAAUCAUCGAAAUUUCAACAUGGGCGAACAAUCCUCAUCUCAACCACAAUCUCCCCAACCCGAAACUCAAAACCUAAUCCCGCCUCAAUCCACCGUCAAUCCAACCCCCCUCUCCGGCGAAAUCGUCUCCUCCACCACCAUCGACACCCAACGGAUCACACAAUUCGGCAACAUCUCAUCCCCUCCUUCCAAAAUCCCCCUCCGUCCCCGCAAAAUCCGCAAACUCACACACGACGGCGAAGACGCCAAGGCCGAGGAUAAUAACAAACCCGCCGCAUCUAAACCCAAACCAUCUCAUCCCCGCGCCAUAACCGUCCCGAGAAUCCACACCCGCCCGCUCACACACGAAGGCGAGCUCGAGGCAGCGAUUCACCACCUCCGCAACUCCGAUCCCUUCCUCGUCGACCUAAUCGACAUCUACCCUCCGCCGAACUUCGAGUCCUUCCCGACUCCUUUCCUCGCCCUGAUCCGCAACAUUCUCUACCAACAGCUCGCGGCGAAAGCCGGGAACUCAAUCUACACUCGCUUCAUCUCCCUCUGCGGCGGGGAGGAAGCCGCCGUCGUCCCCGAGACGGUCUUGGCCUUGGAUCCUCAGCAGCUUCGGCAGAUCGGAGUAUCGGGGAGGAAAGCGAGUUACCUCCACGACCUCGCGAGGAAGUAUCGGAACGGGAUCUUGUCUGAUUCGGCGAUUGUGAAUAUGGAUGAUAAGUCGUUGUUCACGAUGCUGACGAUGGUUAACGGGAUUGGGUCUUGGUCUGUUCAUAUGUUUAUGAUCAAUUCGCUUCAUAGACCGGAUGUUUUGCCGGUUAAUGAUCUCGGGGUUAGGAAAGGUGUGCAGAUGUUGUAUAACUUGGAGGAGUUGCCGAGGCCUUCGCAGAUGGAGCAGCUUUGUGUUAAGUGGAGGCCGUAUAGGUCGCCAGGAAUCGAUCUCGGGACGGAGGAAAACGCUUCCAAGAGUUUUACCCCGCCUUCGCCGCAACCGCUGUUCUUGUCGCCGAGAGGAAGAAACAAAAAAAAAACGGGAUCAAUGAAUGAAGAAGAGCCUUCAAGAAGUGGUGAAGGAGAAUGUAGCAUAUCAUUGUUUGAUUAUUCUGUUGAAAAUCAUUUAAAGGCAGUGGACUCGAUCUGUGCUCUAUGUAAUGAAUCUGGUAUUGAUAUUGAGAAGACUGAUAUCAACAGACUAUCAUCAUCAGUUACACUCUUGAGGGAAUGGAGGCAUUUUUGUUAUGAAGCAAAAAGUUUUGGAUUUUAUAAUGAAGCUGAAAAAGGUUGUGAACCAAAGGAUGUCAGCAGUCAUACUUUGCCGCAAUUUUCUUCUGCACGAGCUCCUAAGGUUAAGAUAGAUGACGGUGAAUCAUCAUCAUCAUUUGGUGAACUCAGCAAGGAUUUUGUUAUGCAUGUUGGAGGCUCUGUUUGGGCAUUGGAGUGGUGUCCUAGAGUCCAUGGAAAUCCAGAUGCUCAGGCAAAAUGUGAGUUUCUAGCUGUGACUACUCAUCCACCUCAAUCAUACAGUCACAAGAUAGGCGUUCGACUUUCAGGCAGGGGCAUUAUUCAGAUAUGGUGCAUUAUAAAUGUCAAAUGCGAGAACAACGAUAGCGCCCAUAUAUCAGGAAAGAAGACAGUAAAGACUCAAAAGAAGCAAUCCGUUGAGCUUAAUAUUAAAGGAGAACCUAAAAAGCCGAGAGGCAGGCCUAGAAAGCAUCCAAUAGAGGUAACAGAGCCUAAGAAGACAAGAGGAAGACCUAAAAGGAAAUGUACUUCGGAGCUUCCUGUUGACCUUGAUGGUGACGUUAUAUACGUUGAAGCUUUGUCUGUUCGGUAUCCGGAAGAGCCAGUUGUUCCUGAAACUCCUCUUCCGGUAACAGAAACUAAAGCCAACAAUGAAAGCUCAGGACAAGUGUUGUCGUCAGAAAAUGCAAAUAUCAAACUUCCCGUACGGAGGAAGAGACAAAAAACCCAACGUGCUGAAGAAGCUUGCAAACCCGUCAUGUUAGGAGAUAGUAAGGCUAUUGGAAACGUACCAGAAAAAGUAUCCUCAGAUAUCUCUGAAGACAUUGCUCUUCCAAGGGUUGUCUUAUGCCUGGCCCAUAAUGGAAAAGUUGCUUGGGAUAUGAAAUGGCGUCCACCAUCUGCAGAUGAUUCUCUUAAUAAUUAUAGAAUGGGAUAUUUAGCUGUCUUGCUGGGGAAUGGAUCUCUGGAAGUGUGGGAUGUUCCAAUGCCUCAGGCAAUAUCAGCUCUAUAUUUGUCUUCAAAGAAAGAAGCAACUGAUCCUCGUUUUGUGAAACUAGCUCCCGUUUUCAAAUGUUCAAACUUGAAGUGUGGUGAUUCACAGAGUAUUCCUUUGACAGUUGAAUGGUCGACUUUUGGGAACCCUGACUUCUUACUCGCUGGUUGCCACGAUGGCACGGUUGCUCUCUGGAAGUUUUCUAUAACUAAAUCUUCAGAAGAUACAAGACCUUUGCUUUUCUUCAGCGCAGAUACAUCUCCUAUUAGGGCAAUUGCAUGGGCUCCUGGUGAAAGUGAUCAGGAAAGUGCAAACGUAAUAGCUACUGCUGGACAUGGAGGUCUGAAGUUUUGGGACUUACGUGAUCCGUUCCGUCCUUUAUGGGAUUUACACCCCGUACCGAGGUUUAUUUACAGCCUCGACUGGUUACAAGACCCAAAAUGUGUCUUAUUGUCCUUUGACGAUGGUUCAAUGAGAAUCCUAAGCUUGGUGAAGAUUGCCUAUGAUGUUCCCGCAACCGGAAGGCCUUAUCCUAACACAAAACAGCAAGGGUUAAGCAUCUACAACUGUUCAUCUUUUCCCAUCUGGGGUAUUCAAGUAUCACGGCUAACAGGUAUGGCUGCUUAUUGCACUGCGGAUGGGUUCGUUUUUCAUUUCCAGCUUACGACCAAAGCAGUGGAAAAAGACUCGAGAAAUCGCACACCGCACUUCCUCUGUGGACGACUAACAAUGAACGAUUCCACUUUUAUAGUGCAUACUCCAGUGCCUAACAGACCAAUCAUCUUGAAGAAGCCAGUUAGUGAGAACGGUGAAAAACAGAGAUGCCUUAAAAGUCUUUUGAACGAAUCUCCUAACCGACACACGUCUCCAGCUUCAGAUGCUCAGCCUCUAGCUUUUGCAGAGGAUGAGGAUUUGGGGUUAGAGUCUGAAGCCGAGGGAACUAACAACAAAUCAUCAAAAUCAAAGUCUAAAAAGGGGAAGAGCACAAUAAUAGAGGAGGAGAACAAAGGAGCACUUGUUUGUGUUAAAGAAGAUGGUGAUGAAGAAGAAGGAAGAACAAGAAAAGAAGCAAACAACAGUAGCAGCGGAGUGAAAGUAGAACAGUUCCCACCUAAAAUGGUGGCGAUGCAUCGAGUGCGGUGGAAUAUGAACAAAGGAAGCGAAAGAUGGUUGUGUUAUGGUGGAGCUGCUGGGAUCGUUCGGUGUCAAGAGAUUGCUUCAUUUGGUUCGGUCGGUAAACAAAACUGGAGAUAAAUGUUAGUCCUAUGUAGAACAAAGAUCUUGGAUGCUUUUUAAAUAUCUUAAUCAUUUAGUCACAAAUUAAUGAUAUAUGGGAAACUUAUUCCAUUCUAAAAGUUUAUUGAUUCUGUCGUAGAAACAAGGACCAAAG